UGAACAGCAGAAAAUUAAUACGUGCAAAGUUGAGGGAUAGAAAAAAGAGAAAAAAAGGAAAGAAAAGAAAAUCUGACUUGGAAUUAUCCAGCAAUCUUUCUUCUUCGAUCAGCUGCUCUGCGCUUCAUCUUCUUCAAAUUUCCCUUUCCAAUCCCAUUGCUUCUGCUGUUCAUAUCGUUUCAGAAUGUCAGAUCCAUUAGAAAGAUACCAAAAUCUUGCCCUAACAGACUCUCUGGCGAAGAGUUACAGCUACCCAUUAGCUUGUAAGGAGCUAAGCUUCUUAAUCAGAGGCGCUUUCAAUAAACUUCCCAAGAAUCUCCAAUCCCUCAUCUACCAACAUAUUAUCACCGCCUUUCAUCUCCUUCCUGAAAUGCAGACGAGCUCUGCUGCUUCGGCUGCACAUCUCCUUGCUCAGGGUGUUGAAGCUGCUUUGCCUAAGCAAAAGAGAAAUUCAGCGAUUGUAGAAUUUAAGAAAGCAAUGGUUGCUCAUAAGAGGCGCAGUAAAGCACAUCAGGAAGAAAAAGGUUCUGCUCAACUCCCUCAAGACGUUCUCCUCCACAUCUUCCGCUUUCUAGACGUUCAAUCUUUAGUUUCAGCUGGGCUAGUCUGCCGGUCGUGGAAUGUAGCAGCAGAUGAUGAAUAUCUGUGGCAGUUGCAGUAUACAAAAUUUUUUGGUUGUUCUGAUGACAACAGUAAACCCAUUAAUGAUAAAGACAGUGUGGAUGACUUUGCUAGCGCACGUCAUGUUGAUUGGAAAGAGGAAUUCAAGAGCGCAUAUAUAGUUAAUUCUUUGAGGAGAAACACAAAUGGAAGGGGAUACUGCAGACACUGUGACACAAUAGUUUCCUCUAGUACCUUGAGAUGUCCCAAUGAUCAUGGUAGAAAUAAAAAUAAACAAAUCAAGCCUCUGUCAAUCAACCAGGUUGUUGAAUAUGUGUUAAAUGGAUCUACAGAAUUGAUUUAUUCUUCAGAUAGUGAAACUGAUUCAGAUGAAGUUGUGAUUUCUGAGUUUUGGGCUUUUCCAAAGUACUUGGGCAGUAGGCGCCCGAACUGACACGGAAGGUGGAUUGAAAGCGUUACAUUAAAGGUGGAUAUUUGAAUCUGACUUUUUUUUUCUAAGAAUAUAAUGGUUUAACCAAUUAAGCAAGCUGAGCUUAUUGUAAAGAAGACGGCUCGCCUAUCUAGACAGUUUAAAUUGUAAAUAUUAUACCAAUAUCAUUGAUAAAGGUUCUUUUUUUAGCUUCUA